UAAACACAAAUUGUAAAUUGGACAAAUUGAUAAUGUUUUUCAAGAGUUUCCAGGGCGGCUAUACAGUUACUUUGGAUAUCUUUAAGUUGGUUUAUUACACUUUAGCCACUUCAAACCUAUCGAGGGAUUAAAGUUGUAAAAAUGAAUUUUCGGAAUUUAAACCUCUCUUUGAACAUAUUUCAAGCUUUGAAUUGUUUCUAUUGUAACAGUCCCACCUUUUCCUUUGAGACGUUGAGCUCCACUUGGCUUGGUCAUAUUAUUGGUUCAGUUGGUGAUUCAUCUACUUUCUUAUUUACCUCAGAGUCAGUUAAUGAAGGUCAUCCGGAUAAGAUAUGUGACCAAGUUUCCGAUGCCGUCCUAGACGCUUGCCUUGAAAGGGACCCUCUCGCAAAGGUAGCUUGUGAGACAGCUACAAAGACUGGCAUGGUUAUGGUUUUUGGUGAAAUAACUGUAAAGGGUGCUACUAUUGAUUAUGAGAAGGUUGUGAGAGAUACCAUAAAGGAGAUUGGUUUCGAUGAUGAGAAGAAGGGCUUGGACUAUAAGACUUGUCGAGUGUUGGUUGAGUUACAUCAACAGUCACCAG